UUGAUUUGUAGCCAGUUAAUGUUCUUGUUUAUGUUUAUGUUUAUGUUUAUGUUCCUCCACACCACUGACUCGAACCCAACCCUACUGUGACUACCGCCCCAACCCCUCUUCCGAUCACCGGGUGAUUACGCCGCCGUCUGCGUCUGCUCUCCUCUCCAGUUCAUAACCAACGCAACACUAGCGCUUGAUCGCUCAUCUUCUUCCUUCCAUAGCUGAAUUUCUUUUCGGGAUUUUCAAGUUACAAUGGCUGCACCGCCUUCCGCCCUUGAUAAAGAACAGAUUUUUGGAAUGGCUGAGAAGGAGAUGGAAUACAGGGUUGAAUUGUUCAACAAGAUGACCCAGACCUGUUUCAACAAGUGUGUUGAGAAUAGGUACAAGGAGUCUGAGCUAAAUAUGGGUGAAAAUAGUUGCAUUGACCGCUGUGUUUCAAAAUAUUGGCAUGUUACUAAUCUAAUUGGUCAGCUGCUUGGUUCUGGGAAGCCUCCAAUGUAAACCAAUUAUACUGCUGCUUGAGCCUUGUUUUGUGGUUAGCUCUGUCUUAGCUACCACUACAUAUUAGUAGUUGCUGCCUGAGGAAAAAACCUAAAUUGAGUAUUUUGCAAGUUCUUUAUUUUUGCCCAUGACUAUUUUGAGAUCAAACUAUUAACUAAGAAAAGGGAUCUGCUAUGAGCUUGAGAUAGCCCUUGGUAAACUCUAGAAAUAAAUUCAGUUAAUUAAGUUCAUUCA